AUGAAUCAGGACCAACGGACCGACAAAUCACGCAGGUACCGAUCAGAGCAUCAAGAAGAGGAGGUCCAGUAUGAGGAGGAGAGCAACACCGGAAACCCGACAGAAACUCACACAUCUAUAGACCUCCCACAACAAAAUGACUGUGAGGAGGAGGAUGGUCUGGAUGAGCAGCAGGAGAUGAACUCCAGUGUGGACCAGGAGGACCCAGAGCCUCCACAGAUUAAAGAGGAACAGGAGGAGCUCUGCAGCAUUCAGGAGGGAGAGCAGCUUGGACUGAAACAGGAGACUGAUACUUUCAUGGUGACGCCUGCUUAUGAGGAAAGUGAAGAAAGCCAACAUGUGGACUCAGGAUCAACUAGAAAUGUAGAGCUGAAGAACAGGAGACGUUACAGAAAGAGAAGUUGCAAUAAGAGAGUAGACAACACUGCUGUGUCAAUGAGUCUGAGUCAAACUGGCACAAGGGGAAAGUCUUUUCAAUGUGACGUCUGUGGAAAAACUUUUCACGAAAAAUAUAACUUUACUAAACACCAGAGAGUUCACACAGACCUCCAACAUGAGGAAGAGGAGGGUCUGGAUGAGCAGCAGGUCUUUAACCAAGAGAAGAACUCCAGUCUGGACCAGGAGGACCCAGAGCCUCCACAGAUUAAAGAGGAACAGGAGGAGCUCUGCAGCAGUCAGGAGGGAGAUCAGCUUGGACUGAAGCAGGAGGCUGAAGGCAUUAUCGUCUGGACUGGGGAAGAGCGACUCAGACUGCUAAAGACCAUCUGGAAACCUGUGAUAAAGUUGCAAAGAGUAGACCUCCACCAGCAGCAUGUCUUUAAGGACGAGGAGGUUCUCACAACCCAGCAGGUCUUUAAUCAGAGAGGAACUACAGUCUGGGCCGGGAGGACCCAGAGCUUCCACAGAUUAAGAGGAACAGGAGGAAGUGUGCAGCAGGCAGGAGGGAGAGCAGCUUGGACUGAAGCAGGAGGCUGA